AUGCUCAACGUCGCGAUCGUGGACCAGGGCGAGUUCAACGACGAGGAGCACGAGUCGAAGUGCUACGACAAGCUGAACCCGGACGAGCAAGUCGUCGUCGUCCGCGAAAUUGUCGAGUACACCAUCACGGUGAUCAGGGGCUUCGUACCGAUCGUGAUGAUAGCAAUAAUCCGCUGGAAACCGACGCACCGCCGGUGCUACAUGGCGUGUGGGUACGACGUGCUCACACCGCACUAG